AUGGAAUACCAUAGACGACAUACAUUUAUAGAUAUGGAUUACUCUCCAGAGCCUGUUCAUUCACCCAUAUCAACAAAUCAUCUUCUCGUCGAAUUCCGUUUCAAGACCACAAAACGCUUUCUUAAGUUCAAUGAUGUGGGACUCCUGGAAUCUGUUACGGAAACUCGAGAACCAGAGACUUCGAAAACUAUUUGUCUCGAAUCAUCUGCAUUGUACUCUGAUUUGAAACAAUUUCUCGACGUGGAACUAGCAAGUUAUGAUAUAACACCUCGGAGCCUUGAACAACAGCUUUCUAGUCUUCUGACUAACUUCGCACUCACGCGGUGGAAGAAGUUUAUAGUUGUGGAAAUAAGGAAGGUUCUUGAAACACGGUUGAUUGAAAGGGCAUUGCAGGAGGUGUUCGAGGAAAGUGAUGGCGUCGAUAUGGUGCCCACGAGCAUGGACGCAAUCAUGUCACUACAGAAGAAGGAGAUGGAAUAUAAGAAAGAUGGCAUUGAGGUAGAAAGUUGCACGAUAUGCUUGGAAGAGAUCUCAAUUGGGUCAGUUGUUUCGACCUUGCCGUGCAGGCAUGUAUUCCACGGUGAUUGCAUUUCAAGUUGGCUAAAAAGAAGUCACUACUGUCCUAUUUGCCGGUUUGAGAUGCCUAUUGCUCUUGAAUAA